UUCUAAAAAAUAAUUAUUUGAGCUGCGUUUUUGGUGAGGGCCAAUCAUUGUUAGCUGUGUGAUGAUGUAGGUAAUAAAAGGGAGUGACCUUUCUUGGACUCUUCCUUUUUCACGAGCAUUCAGUAUAGUGUGGAAUAGGAUUUGGAUUUCCUAAGAAAUGUGUGCUGCCCUGCCCAUGAUCAUGCCUACAGUUGUUGCUGCAACAGCAGCAAUCUUGCUGGAAGUUGAAAGGAGGAGAAGGAGGAGUAGAAGAAGAAGAUACUGGGUUCAUCCUAUCAUUGCAAAUAGGGAUGAAAGAGGGCAGUUCAUUAUAUUAUAUGAAGAUCUCCGUGGGCAUGAGGACAAGUUUUUUAAUUAUACACGCAUGUCAAUAACCAGUUUUGAUGAAUUGUUAGGACUAACGUACCAUAGUUUGGAGCGCCAGAACACAUGCUUCAGAGCAAGCAUCCAGCCUGCACAAAGAUUAUUAAUCACAUUAAGGUACCUAGCUACAGGAAAUUCAUUUGGAAGUCUCCACUAUGAGUUCAAGGUUGGAAAAUCAACUAUAUCUGGCAUUGUACAUGAAACAUGCCUUGUUUUAUGGAAUGUACUAAAACCAUUGGUCUUCAAAAAGCCUACAAAAGAAGAUUGGUUGAAGAUAUCAGAUGAAUUCUGGGAGAGAUGUAAUUUUCCUAACUGUGUGGGAGCCAUCGAUGGCAAGCACAUACGCAUCCUGAGGCCAUUUGAUAGUGGGAGUCAGUUUUUUAAUUAUAAAAAAUAUUUUUCGUUUGUAUUAAUGGCAGUGGUAGAUGCCAAAUAUAAUUUCAUUUAUAUUGAUGUGGGAUGCUUAUGGUAG